AUGCUCCUCGCUCUCCCGCACGAAGUACUCGAACAGAUCGCCCUCGAGCUCGCCGUCCACGACGCCGUCGGCCCGCCCAAAGAUUUACCCGCGCUUCUUCUCACGUGCAAGGACUUGUACGCGAAACUCGGCUUGACACACAACAAGCAUCUGUACUUCCGCAUCUAUGCGUCCCAGUUUGACACCACCGCCCAUCGGCGCCGCUUUGGUGAUCGCGUGCAUAACGCUGGUGUCGUAGCCCGUCAGCUGGUACGCGCCUGGACUGCACUCGGCCGCCUCCGCCGCGGCGACCUCGACGCGUCCACCUUGCUCGAUGAUCUCUGGGAGGCGUUCUGCCUUGUCACCGAGAACGACGGCAAGAACACGUACCAGCUCCAAUGGGCCGGCCUACCCGCCUUGUCCGAGCGGUACGUCCGCGAGAAGUUGUGGGAGGGCGCUGUCAACGGCUGGCCGCGCGAUACGCCGAGCAACGCGCUCGCGCUUUGGCUAUUCUGGUCUACCAUGGACGAUGCGCGUCUACGCGCGUACACCGAGGAUCAAAGGCAGGAACUCAUCGAUCAGAUUCUUCCCUUCGUCGUCGUCGGCUUCAAGUACACCAACUUUUACGCGCCCGACGUCACAUACCUGCUCCCUCUCACUCCCGGCGUACAAGCCGAUCUACUCGUGUCUCAGGUCAAUGCCCACGGCCCAUACCCGGUCUUCCACACGGUCGAGGAGGAGCCCUACCGUACGAACCGCUUCGGCGUCAACCUGCUCAUCGUCAUGCCGAACAUCGCAGCCGCGGCGAAGUUGCUGUACUUCGCUCUUCGCGAGACAGUCCCCAUCCAGGUGCCCGACUUCCUCCCCGUUGACCGUGCAGAGGCUCUUACGCGCGGCCAACGUGGUCAGACGCAGGCAGACCUGCACGAGGUCAACGCGCAUCGCAGCACGCCGUUCACCCCCCGCGGUCUUUGGAACUUCCUUGAGACUCUGUCUCCGUUCCAGCGCGGACGCGAAUUAGAAGGUGUGCGCUCUCGCGACCUGAUCGCGCCGAGCGCGGCCUGGGACGAUGACUGGGAGCGGUCCAUGACGUGCUGGAACCCGUGGUCGCAGCCCUACUACAAAGGCCCCGUAUUCACACUCGGCUCACUUGUCGGUCUUUGGCAAGGGCGCUUGCUUAUCCCGGACGUCGGUGGCUACCUCAACCUCGUUACAACCGCCCAGCGUCCCGAGGAGUUCGGCGAGAGCGCGCCGUUCAUGAGCACCUGGCCUGCCUUCAUGCGUCUUAGUGAACACCACGCGAUUGCACCGGCGCCCAAGGUCCCCUUCCCCGUCAAUCGCGAUGAUGCGCUUGAUCACGGCAUCUGGAACGCAUGGAUGCCGACCAAGUCUCGUAUCUCGCACGACCGAGACUCUGUGACCGUCAUCGACGAUUCGGACGGCUCGCGGUACGUCCAGGAAACGUUCGUCGAGGGAAAACCCAACUCGCACGAUCCGGAUACGUGCCCAAUGUGCAAGCGCCGUGCAGCCGUGGAGGCAGACGAUGGCAACAGUCAUGCGUCCAUGUCGGAGGACGAGGCUGCAAGCGGCAGCGAGAGUGGGAGCGAGGGUGGGAGUGAGGGCGAAGAGGCUCCUUGCGCCUGCGGCCAUCAUCACGGGCAAACCCAUGCGGAUCUCGAGGACGACUUCGCUGCCGCAGGUCUUGGCCGCGACCAGCCUGAUGACGACGAUGAAGAAAACGAGUCCCUAGAACCUACGUCGACAUGCUCGGGUGUUCAUGACAUUAUUCUUACUGGCGAGACAGACGAUAAUCAUGGACUUGCAUGGGGGCACUUCACCAUCUUUGGUCGCGUUCGCGCCUGGGAUGGUCUUGUCGCUCUCGUGCGGGCUCCCGCCGAGCCCGGACGCCCACGCUGGGUUUUUCGCGGUUAUCUGCACUACGGUCAGGCGUUCGUCGGUGCAUGGCGCGGUAUGACCAACAUCCCGGGUCAGGCGCGCGCUGUGCCUUGGGAGGGGCCGUUCGUCCUGAAUCGUCGCGCUGAGCCCACGUCGGCGUAG